AUCUCCAAGAGACGCAGUAUGUACUGUAGUAACCCUAAAUUAAUCAACCUCUCCUUCCUUCAUUCCUUGUCUUAAACCUUCAUCAGAUGUUUCCACCACCAUCAUGGAAUCCACUUCUGAAACUAAUCAACUUCUCCUUCCCUCAUCUUCCUCUUCACUUCCACGCUGUUGGCACUAUGAUGUCUUUUUGAGCUUUAGAGGUGAAGACACGCGGAAGUCUUUCACAGAUCAUCUCUUUGCGGCGUUGUGCCGAGCUGGAGUUCACACUUUCAGAGAUGCAGAAGAGCUCCGUAAAGGAGAAGACAUCUCUACUGACCUCAUCAAAGCUAUUCAAGAAUCAAAGAUUUCCAUUAUCGUGUUUUCCAAAACUUAUGCCUCUUCCCGGUGGUGUCUUGAGGAGGUUGUGAAGAUAGUGGAAUGUAAAGAAAUGGCAAAUCAGGUGGUUUUUCCCAUAUUUUAUGAUGUGAGUCCUUCUGAGGUCCGAAAACAAACAGGUGGCUUUGCUGAUGCAUUCUCUCAACAUCAACAACGAUUCAAGCCCGAAAAAGUUAGCCAAUGGAAAACAGCUCUCAAUAAGGUUGCGGAUUUUUCUGGGUGGAACUUACAGAACUAUGCUGACGGGUAUGAAUCAAAAUUUAUUGACAAAAUUGUAGAAAAUGUUCUACAAGUGGUGAAUCGUACAUACUUGAAUGUUGCCAAAUAUCCUGUUGGAAUUCAUGCUCGGAUUAGAAACAUACUUUCUUUCUUGCAAAGUGAAGCAAAUGAUGAUGUUAGUAUGAUUGGGAUUUAUGGCCUGGGUGGGGUAGGAAAAACAACCCUAGCCAAAGCCGUAUUUAACCAAAUUUAUAGAACAUUUGAUGGUAGUUGCUUUCUUGGAGAUGUUGGAAAAGAAUAUGUAAAUGAAGGUCAUCUAGGUUUAAAAAGAUUACAAGAGCAACUUCUUUGUAGAAUUCUCAAUAGAAAGAGGUUGAAAGUUGAUCAUGUUGAUGAAGGAAUUAGUUUGAUCAAAGAAAGACUUGGAUUAAAAAAGGUUCUCAUUGUUGUUGAUGAUGUAGACCAUGAGAGUCAAUUAGACUCAUUAGUUGGGGACCGAAAUUGGUUUGGUUCUGGCAGUGCAAUUGUCGUUACAACUAGAAAUGCCAAUUUACUGAAUGGCUUCGGAAAAGAUUGUGAAAAGUAUAAUGUUGCAAUGUUAAGUCACGAGGAAUCUUUGCAACUCUUUAGUUGGCAUGCUUUUAAGAACCCAAAUCCUGUGGAGCCUUUUAUAGAACUAUCAAACAUGAUAGUAAGUUAUGCUGGUGGACUUCCUUUGGCACUUACUGUUCUAGGCUCACAUUUUCGAGCAAGAUCGUCCGUUCAAGAAUGGAGCAAUGACUUUGAGAAGUUAAGAAGGAUUCCUCAUAAUGAUAUUUUGAAGAUUCUCAAAAUUAGUUAUGAUGCACUUGACGAUGAUACUCAAGGAAUCUUCCUUGAUAUUGCUUGCAUUUUUACUGGUGAAUAUUUUGACACAGAAGAGAUUGUUAAGAUAUUGAAUGGUUGUGGUUUCUUUGCUCAAAGUGGUAUUUCAACUUUAAUUGAUAGAUGUUUGAUAAGUGAAGACCUUUAUAUGCAUGGUUUAGUUCGAGAUGUGGGGAGAGAAAUUGUUCGCGGGGAAUCUCCUAGACAGCCAGAAAAAAGAAGUAGAUUGUUUUUACGUGAUGAAGUUAUGGAUGUACUUGUGAACAAAAAGGGCACAAAAGCAAUUGAAACAAUGAUUAUAGAUUUGCCAAAUGAAGUGCAUUUGAGUACUAAGGUAUUCUCUAAAAUGACCAGGUUAAGAGUACUCAAAAUCUUAUCCAUGAAUGUCAAGGGGCCUUUAAAGUACUUAUCUAAUGAGCUUAGAUUGCUUUAUUGGAAAAAUUGCCCUUUGAGAGGCAUAUCGUCUGAUCUUUGUUUGAAGAGACUUGUUAGUUUGAGUAUGAUAGAAAGCAAUAUUGAAGAAUUUCAGCCCAAUUUGCAGCAUUUUAGAUGUUUGGAGAUCUUAAGGCUUGAUGAUUGUGUGCGACUUGAAAAAGGCCCAAACUUUACUGGAGCACAUAGUCUAAAGACAUUAUCCCUCAAUUAUUGUUCAAAUUUGGUUGAAUUGGCGCAAUCAAUUGGAGAUUUAGAAAAUCUUGUUAAUUUAUAUAUGACAGGGUGCAUCAAUGUGAGAGAACUUCCUAGUAGCAUUUGCAAGUUGAAAUCUCUUAGGUGUCUUGUUCUACGGGGGUGCUCCAAGAUAAAAGAAUUGCCUACUGACUUGGGAAAAUUGGAGCAACUACGUUAUCUCAAUGCUAGAGGGACUUCUGUGACCCACCUACCCUCUUCUUGUGGAUCUUUGAGAUAUCUCAGCCAUUUGGAACUAAGGCAGGGAAGGGAAGUUUUUAAGAGUAUGGAACGCAUUGGGCAUUCAACAUCUUCUGAUGCUAUUUUAUGUUCCUUGCAAACUCUAGAUGCUCCUUACCACUCUCUGCAACAUUUAGAUCUUCAAACCGGACUUGGAAGUUCAUCCUCAUUGAAAUGCUUAGAUCUAAGCUAUAGUAACUUCGAUGCCCUGCCCUUUAACCUUUUCCAUCUUUCCCAGCUAAGAUGGCUCAAAUUGAACAACUGUCAGAAUCUUCGAGUGAUUCAAAAUCUUCCAAUUACCCUAUAUCAUCUCUCUGCAAAGAAGUGUCCCUUACUAGAAAAUGUACAAGAUCUAUCAGGAUUAGGGCUAUCGGUUUUGGAUCUUUCUAACUGUAAUAGUUUGGUUGAGUUUCGAGGCGUGGAGAAUUUAGUUUAUUUAGAUAAAUUAGAUCUGAGUCAUCUUUCCCAGCUAAGACAUCUCAGAUUGGACAACUGUCAGAAUCUUCGAGUGAUUCGAGAUCUUCCAAUCAGCCUACACGAGCUCUCUGCAAAAAACUGUCCCUUGCUGGAAAACAUACAAGAUCUCUGUGAGUUGUUAGAGCUACGUCAUUUGUAUCUUUCUAACUGCAGUAAUUUGGUUGAGCUUCCAGGCCUGGAGAAUCUCGUUUGUUUAGAACACAUUCACAUAAGUCAUAAUUACUUCGACCAGCCGCAGCCAUUCAAUCUUUGUCUUUUUUCUCAGCUACAAGAUCUCAAAUUGAACCACUGUCAGAACCUUCGAGCAAUUCAAGAUCUUCCACCCAGCCUACACAUUCUCUCUGCACUGAAUUGUCCCUUGCUAGAAAACAUUCAAGAUCUAUCUAGCUUAUUGGAGCUAGGGGCGUUGAAUCUUUCUAACUGUAGUAAUUUGAUUGAGCUUCCAGGCCUGGAGAAUCUGAUUGAUUUAGAAUACAUUGACAUAAGAAAUUGUAGUGCUCUGAGCAGUAAAUCUUGGUGUGUGAACUUCUUCAAGGCACGUUUUAAAAACCCAACCCAGUUUACAAUGAAGCUUUCGAAAGACAUGGUUCCACAAUACUUGUGCAGCAACGAAGUAGUUGGAUGUUCAUCAAGUUACACAUUGCCAUUGUUUUUGAAGAAAAAACAGAUAUUAUUUAUAGUUGUGAUGAUUUCAUGUUUGUUUGGUGGUUGGUGUUAUGUGAAAUACAAAACCACAGCUGGUAAAGAGUUGACGAUUGGGAAGAUGCUGCAGGUGCACCCCCCACAUGUGAAUGAUAUGGGGUUGGAAUGCGAAGUAUAUGGUUAUUUUGCAGAACCCAAUGAAGUAAAAAAACUUGAGGUGCUUAUAGAAUUUUAUUUGCUUGAGCACGGAGAGGAGGAGAAACUCAGUAUUGAAACAUGUAUAGUAUAUGAAGAAGAGGGUGUGGGUGAGGUAUACUUCCUUCCUAUCAACCUUAAUAAGGCGAUCAAAUUUCACCCCCAUAGAUACAGAGGUGCCAGGGAGAAAACCGCUGUGGUUACUAUAACACACUGUUAGCUGUACUCUUCUUUAGGCUUUCCGAACUCCAGCUUCCUCUGUCAAUAAUCACCAGCCUUUGCAAUCCAGCCCCCCACUGUCAAUCCGUCUACUGCUCCAAAGCUCGGGCCAAUCAACUUCUGCCUCCUCUGACAGCCAUCAUCCAGCCUUCUUUGUUGCUACUCAGCCUCCUUGCCCUCUGUCUAGCCACUGCUUGGUGGUUUUCGAUCGUGUAGUCGGUGGAGUGAUGGAGCUUGCAAAACAUAGCUCUCUGCAAGUGCCUUCAGAAAGAUGGGACUCAAACUGGAGCUGAUGAUGAUGAUAAUCUGAUAGGAAUAUGUUGUUUGUAAAUUAGUUUGCAGGUUCUUACAUUUACUCCUCAAUUGAUUAAAUGUUUUAAGGCUUGGGCAGCAUUUUUAAUCUCUUCUAUAUAUAGUCUUGUUGGCAUGUACACAUUGUUUUGUAUGGUAAUGUUCUGCCAUCAGGUUUGCUCUGUAAAUUGUGUUAACACAAGAAUGUUUGUCCAUGAAUUAUAAUCUACUCUAGUUAAAUCAACACUUUCAUUUCAUUCGA